AUAAGAAUGGCUACCUUCUUCUGUAAUUCGGGACUAAAUCAAGAAGUUUUUAAUAAUUGUGGGUCUGAAAUUAAUCAGGUUAUUCCAUCCGCGGAGUUAGGUGUGAACCCAAUAAUGGAGUUUUUAGUGUCGGAAAACGCCAAUUGUAAUUACUUAACUUUUAAUCAUGGAGAAAGUUUUAACCAUCAAAAAAUGAUCGAUCAAAGUAGUGCGAGUACUUUAAACGAAUCUGAUGCCACUUGCAAAGUUCUUGAUAGAGAAUCAUCCACUUGUAAGCGACGGUCAAGUGUAAAAAAAGAAUUCAAUUCAAAGCGCAGAGAGAGAACUGCUUUUACUAACGAUCAACUUCUUCAUCUGGAGAAAGAGUUCAUCACCCAGGGCAAGUACUUGUGUCGUCCAAAAAGAAUUGAAGUCGCCAGAGAUUUGGGUUUAAAUGAAAGACAGGUUAAAGUCUGGUUUCAAAAUCGUCGCAUGAAAGAUAAGAAAACUGGAUCAGUCAAAGACGAUAAAAACGAGGAGAAGGAUCUUAAGACUGCUUUGCCUAGUACCAGAAUUGGAUGCAGAAAGAGACAUGUGGAAUUCAAGAAAGAAAAAACAUACCAAAACACCAGCUUAUUCGCUUCUGUUCCUGAUCCUGCUUCUGCUUUAGUUAUUUACGGAGAGAAUCAAAUGCAUGCUCUCAACUACAGCAACUACUCACCUAGUGACAUCCACCACCAUCAGCUGAGUAGUUGGAAUCUCAACAACAGAAUCAACUACGACAUGAUUCAAAAUCCGAAUUAUGAUAAUUUUAAUGGUCCUGAUGGGUGUAUUGUUGGCAACAGUCAUCCCGCUGCUAUUUACAGCGAUUCUUACAACUGGAACUAUAACCUCAACAAUGAACAUUGUUCAAUCCCCAACGGAUACGCAAACGAAAUCAAGGCUGAGGAAACAUUUUACGGUCAUUAUCCAAAUGAUUACAUUCCUAAUAAUGAUAAUCAUUAUCCACCUGGUUGCAACAAUCAAAAUGCUGAUCUAAAUUCAAAUUAUUCCGGAUCAUCCCCUCAAUCAUUCGAUUUUAACGGGUUCGAUGAUAUACUUGUUAAUGAUUGCAGUUAUUUAUUUUCCAUGGUAAAUAUUUAA